AAUUUAUUCGAGUCCGAUCGCAGAAUACGCCGGUGCUAUUCUGAUUUUGAAGCAGUGUUCCUCGACUAUAUUUUUCUAAUAAUAGAAAUCUCCCCCUUGAAGUUAAACAAAAUUACCCUUUCCUCUUAAAGUUUAUUGUUGUUAAAAAAAUUGUUUCUGAAAAAUUGUAGUUCUGUUACACCCCAGUGCAACUAAAAUUUGCUAGUGGUUAAAUGGCUGAAGCGUGGCAGGGUCCGUCUAAGCAGGGCUUGUACGACCCUCAGUUCGAAAAGGAGGCGUGCGGUGUCGGUUUCAUCGUUGCCAUCGACGGCAAGAGGUGCCACAAGAUCGUGCGCGAUGCCCAGCGUCUCGCUAUUUCUAUGAACCAUCGUGGCGCGUGCGCCUGCGACAACGACACCGGGGACGGAGCUGGCGUCCUUACCGCCAUACCACAUGAUUACUACUAUGCCAAACUCAAGGAUGAGCAAAAUAUCGAACUUCCCCCGUUCGGAGAAUACGCCACCGGCAUCUUCUUCUUGGACAAACUUCAUCACCAGGAGUCCGAAACAAAAUUCGCCGCUUUGGCAGAGGAGCUGGGUAUGUCAGUGUUGGCGUGGCGUACCGUACCAACCAACAAUACCGCCAUAGGUACGGUCGCUAAAAACUCUGAACCAUUUAUGAGACAGGAAUUGGACAAGAAAUUCUUCGUCCUCCGCAAACGUGCAAGCCAUGUAAUCCCAGCUCCAGGUAAAAGGUUCUACAUUUGCUCUUUGAGUCGUAGAACAGUGGUAUACAAGGGUCAACUGACGUCAGAUCAGCUAUGGACCUAUUUCCCGGACCUUGCCGAUCCAGCGUAUGACACUUACUUGGCGUUGGUGCAUACCAGGUUCUCUACAAACACUUUCCCCAGUUGGGAGAGGGCUCAUCCUUUAAGGAUGUUGGCACACAACGGAGAAAUUAACACGUUAAGAGGAAAUGUAAACUACAUGAAGGCCCGGGAGGGUGUGAUGAAGAAUGAAAGCUUCGGCGACAACCUCAAGAAUCUAUAUCCUGUAGUAGAACCAAAUUUAUCUGACAGUGGUUCCGCUGAUUGUGUACUGGAAUUCUUAGUUCAUGCUGGAAACAGAAAUCUUCCAGAGGCUGUUAUGACAAUGGUGCCAGAAGCAUGGCAGAACGACCCGACAAUGUCCGAAGAAAAACGCGACUAUUACCACUGGGCCGCUUGUACCAUGGAACCAUGGGAUGGUCCAGCCUUAAUUUCCUUCACAGACGGAAGGUUCAUUGGAGCAACUUUGGAUCGUAAUGGUUUGCGUCCCUCAAGGUUCUAUAUUACCAGCGAUAACAUUAUGGUUAUGGCCAGCGAGGUUGGCGUUUAUGACGUGGAUCCAGCUAAAGUAACCCUAAAAAGUCGCCUAAAACCUGGAAGAAUGUUGUUGGUGGACACCCAAGAAAAAACUGUAAUCCAGGACAUUGAGCUGAAAUCCAAAAUAGCUCAAUCCAGACCACACUCUCAAUGGCUUAAAGAACAGAUCACCAUGGACGAAUUACGAAAAGCCCAUUUGGACGCUGGUAGAGCACCAAAACCAAAAUAUGAACCAAGUGGAUUGGUCGACAAAAGAUUACCUUUAUAUGGAUAUUCCACAGAAACCAUCCAUAUGCUUCUUUUACCAAUGAUCAACAAUAAGAAAGAGGCUUUAGGUAGUAUGGGUAACGACGUCCCCUUAGCUUGUCUCUCAAGCUUUGCUCCACUUCCCUAUGAAUACUUUAAACAACUAUUUGCCCAAGUAACCAACCCACCGAUUGAUCCUUUCAGAGAAAAGGUGGUAAUGUCUCUUCACUGCCCAAUCGGUCCUGAGGCCAAUAUUCUUCAACCAAGCCCCAAACAAGUCCACAGACUUUGGCUUAAAAACCCCGUAAUUUCCAUCGCUGAUUUGGACGUUCUAAAACAGACCUCACACAGAGAAUGGAGCUCACAUAUUAUUGAUGUCAGUUUUCCUGCAUCUAUGGGUACUGCUGGUUACAUCAAUAAGUUGCAAUCGAUUUGCGAGGAGGCAGAAAAAGCCAGUGAAAACAAACAAAUUAUCAUCUUGUCUGACAGAAAGGGCGGUCAAGAUAGAGUUCCUAUAAGUAGUCUGUUGGCGUUGGGUGCAACUCACCACCACUUAAUUGAAACUAGGAACCGCGCUAAGGUUGCUUUGGUGUUGGAAACUGCAGAAGCCCGUGAGGUUCACCAUAUCUGCGUAUUGUUAGGUUAUGGAGCCGAUGCUAUAUGCCCAUAUUUGGCUUUGGAGUUGGCUUCAAGUUUACGCGACCAAGGUAUUUUGGAUACCUCCCUUACCGAUGAGGUGAUUUUCCAGAAUUACGCUCAAGCAAUGCAGACGGGUAUCAACAAAGUAAUGGCUAAAAUGGGUAUUUCUACCUUGCAAUCUUACAAAGCUGCACAGAUAUUCGAAGCUGUUGGUCUAGCUGAAGAUUUAGUCGAUAAAUGCUUUAAAGGAACCCCAUCAAGACUUGGUGGUGUUACCUUAGAGCUUAUGGCAGCCGAGGCCCUAGAGCGACAUCAAAAUGCCUUCAGACUGUCUGUUGAUAAUUUAAUUCUCCGCGAUAACGGAAACUAUCACUGGAGGGCCGGUGGAGAAAAACAUCUUAACGAACCUGCAAGUAUUGCUGCUCUUCAGGAGUCAGCCGUGAAUAAGAACCAAGGCGCAUACGAGAAGUUUAGAGAAUCCACAAUGGAAUCUGUAAGAAAUUGCAUGCUAAGAGGACGAUUGGAUUUAAGAACAUUAGAUCAGCCAUUGCCAUUGGAUGAAGUGGAACCUGCUACCGAGAUUGUAAAGAGGUUUGUCACUGGUGCUAUGAGUUUUGGUUCUAUUAGCUUGGAGGCGCAUCAAACUUUGGCGCAAGCUAUGAAUAAAGUUGGAGGUAAAAGCAAUACAGGUGAGGGCGGAGAAGACCCUGAACGUUACUUGGAUAGCGAUAAACGUUCGGCAAUUAAACAGGUUGCUUCUGGUCGUUUUGGUGUAACUUCGUCCUAUUUGGCUCACGCUGAUGAUCUGCAAAUUAAAAUGGCUCAGGGUGCAAAACCGGGAGAAGGAGGAGAGCUACCAGGGUAUAAAGUAACCCCUGAUAUCGCCAAAACUCGUCAUUCUGUAGCUGGUGUAGGUCUAAUUUCUCCACCACCUCAUCACGAUAUCUACUCUAUUGAAGAUUUAGCAGAGCUGAUAUACGAUUUAAAAUGCGCCAAUCCGAAAGCAAGAAUUUCAGUAAAGCUCGUGUCGGAAGUUGGUGUCGGUGUAGUGGCCUCGGGAGUUGCUAAAGGCAAGGCAGAACACAUUGUCGUCUCUGGCCAUGAUGGCGGUACCGGAGCCAGUUCCUGGACCGGUAUUAAGAACGCCGGUUUACCGUGGGAACUUGGAAUCGCCGAAACCCAUCAAGUAUUAACUUUGAACAACUUAAGAUCCAGAAUUGUCUUACAAGCUGAUGGUCAAAUAAGAACAGGCUUCGAUGUGGUUGUGGCCGCUAUUUUGGGAGCGGAUGAAAUCGGUUUCAGUACCGCUCCAUUGAUUGUAAUGGGCUGCACCAUGAUGCGCAAAUGUCACUUGAAUACUUGUCCGGUUGGUAUUGCAACGCAAGAUCCUAUAUUGCGUAAGAAAUUUACCGGACAACCAGAACACGUUAUUAACUACAUGUUUAUGCUUGCCGAGGAAGUUAGAGGUCACAUGUCCAAACUUGGUAUAAAAACCUACCAAGAACUUAUUGGUCGUACGGAUCUACUUAAAGUUAUUGAAACUGGAACACCGAAAGCUAGGAUGUUGAACUUGAAUUUAAUUCUGCAAAAUGCAUUGCAUAUGCGUCCAGGAGUUAACAUUAAGGGUGGUUCUGAGUCACAAGAUUUCUUGUUGGAACAAAGAUUAGAUAAUACGGUGAUUGAAAAAGCUAAGGCUGUUAUUGAAGGAACGCAGAAAACUGUUGAUAUGGAGUUGAAGAUCCAUAACGAAUGCAGAGCUUUUGCUUCUACUUUAAGCUACCACAUUUCUUGUAAAUAUAACGAAGAUGGUCUGCCCGAUGACCGCAAAAUCACCAUCAAACUAACAGGUUCUGCUGGUCAGAGUUUCUGCGCCUUUUUGGCUAAGGGUGUGUCUGUUACAUUGGAAGGAGAUGCUAACGAUUACGUCGGUAAAGGUUUAUCAGGCGGUCAAAUCGUGAUUUAUCCUCCAAAAUGCUCCCCCUUUGAGUCCCACUUGAACGUAAUUGUGGGUAACGUUUGCCUAUACGGAGCCACGUCCGGUAGGGCUUACAUGAGAGGAAUAGCCUCUGAGCGUUUUGCUGUUAGAAAUUCUGGUGCUAUAGCCGUUGUAGAGGGCGUUGGAGACCAUGGCUGUGAAUACAUGACCGGGGGAGUGGUGCUUAUCUUGGGUUUGACUGGCCGUAACUUUGCUGCCGGUAUGUCUGGGGGUAUCGCGUACGUCUGGGAUAUCGAUGGUAAGUUUUCCACCAAAUGCAAUCCUGAAAUGGUAGAGCUUUGCAAGUUGGAGGAUAAAGAAGAUGUUUUGCUUGUUAAGCAAUUGUUGAAGGAGUUUAUUGAUUUAACUGGUAGUGUUGUUGCGGAAGAACUUUUUAAAAACUUUGACACUAAGAUGAGGGAGUUUGUUAAAGUAUUCCCCUAUGAAUACCAGAAAGCUUUGAAACAAAAGACUGUCGAGACACCUGUUGUUGCCAACAAUGAAUCAAAGAUUCAAGAUAUUGAGGACACUGUGGGUGAUGUAUCUCAGGAGCAAAAGAAGGCCGAAAGAGCAUUAGAUAAAACCAAAGGAUUUAUGAAAUACCAAAGAGAAACCGGAAUGUACAGACCAGCUGAGAAACGUAUGAAAGACUGGGAUGAAAUCUAUAAUUUUGGUCAUGUUCGCAAAGGUUUGAGAGUGCAGGCUGCAAGAUGCAUGGAGUGUGGUGUGCCAUUUUGCCAGUCCAAUUCACAUGGAUGCCCAUUGGGUAACAUUAUUCCCAAAUGGAACUUAUUGAUCUUCCAGAAUCAGUGGAGACAAGCUUUGCACCACUUGCUACAAACCAACAACUUCCCUGAGUUUACAGGUAGAGUAUGUCCAGCCCCUUGCGAGGCUGCAUGCGUAUUGGGCAUUUCUGAACCAGCCGUUACCAUUAAGAAUAUUGAGUGUGCCAUAAUUGACCACGCCUUUGAGAAUGGCUGGAUCGUACCGCAAUUACCUCCUCUUCGUACGGGUAAGCGUGUAGCCGUUGUCGGUUCAGGACCAGCCGGUUUGGCUUGCGCAGCUCAACUCAACAAAGCUGGACACAACGUUGUCGUAUUCGAGAGAAACGAUAGAAUCGGUGGAUUGUUGCAAUAUGGUAUUCCCACCAUGAAACUUAGUAAGAGUGUAGUACAAAGACGCGUUGACCUCUUGGCUGCGGAAGGUAUUGAAUUCAAAACCAACGUAAACGUGGGUAAGGAUAUUUCCGCUAAAGAAUUAAGCGAAGAGUACGAUGCUGUGGUACUUUGCACUGGGGCUACUUGGCCUAGAGACUUGCCGCUACCCGGUAGACAACUGGGCGGCAUUCACUUUGCCAUGGAGUUCUUAGAGGGAUGGCAGAAGAAGCAGCUGGGAGGCAACAACGACGGUCCGCACGCCAAAGACAAAAAUGUGAUAAUUAUUGGAGGAGGAGACACAGGCUGUGAUUGUAUAGCAACUUCGUUGAGACACGGCGCUUCGUCCAUCACAACCUUCGAAAUACUGCCGGAACCGGGACCAAAACGUACACAGGACAACCCGUGGCCGCAAUGGCCCAGGAUCUUCCGCGUCGACUACGGGCACGAGGAAGUCAAGGUCCGCUUUGGAGGCGAUCCGAGAGUCUUUAGUGUCAUGACGCAGGAGUUUUUGGACGAUGGUAAAGGUCACGUGAGCGGAGUCAAGACAGUCAACGUGGAAUGGACGAAAGAUGACGCCGGCAGAUGGCAGAUGAACCAAGUGCCUGGAACCGAAAAGGUGUUCCCUGCUGAUCUGGUUCUACUCGCCAUGGGCUUCCUUGGACCCGAAAGGGCCAUUGGAGACCAACUGGAACUUACGCUUGAUGCCAGAUCGAACUUCAAUACCAAAGAAUACCAAACCAACUUAUCCAACGUUUUUGCUGCUGGCGAUUGUCGUCGUGGUCAAUCUCUUGUGGUCUGGGCAAUUUCCGAAGGAAGACAGGCGGCUAGAAAGGUGGACGAGUUCCUGAACAAGGGCAACACUUCUCUUCCAGGACCUGGCGGUAUUAUACAGCCUUCUGUGCAACCCAUUCCUUGUCCAGUUUGAAUUGCCAACACCGUACAAUUAAAAUGCCCGUUAUAGAAAAAUCAAAACCUUUUAUUGUUAUGUUGCAGAUUCAUAUGUUUAUGUAUGUAUGUUAUGAUGAUAUCUAAUAUGAAGUACACUUAAAAGCAACAUAUCCAUCCUUAAUUGGGUUCUUUGAUUUUGCAUUAACUAAAUAAAUAUGUAUUGAAUCGAGUUGAUGUAGCCUUAGUUAAAAAGACAAUAACUUAUUUCAUGUGAUUGUUAAGAAAAAAUUAGAAAAUGCCAUAUGGAAUUUUUGGAGAUGUUUUAUAGAAAAUAUGUAAUAAAGUCUAAAAAUAUUUUUGAAUUGCAUCCAUAUUAAGCAAAAAACCAUUGUUUAUAUGAUAGGAAAGUUGAUGUUUAAAUACCUGUUAUUAAGUGUUUUAAAUAAUUUAUUGCCGAAUGCAAAUGGUACUUAGGUUGAAAAAUCUUUGGAGUUGUAUAUAUUUUAUAUUUUUGUUUUUGGUAGCAAUUAUGUUUAUUGUUAUUUUUAUACAGCUACUCUAAUAUUUUGUUAUGUCUGUUUUAAGACUAUUUUUGCUAUAUUAAAUGAUGAUAUAUUUAAUGUUGCACGAUUAACGCAAUCGUAUUGUAGUCAAUAUUAUUCAAUAAAUAGAUGUUGUUACAGCAAAA